CCUCAUUCUUUCCACCGUCUCACUUGACUCACUUCACUCAUUAAUCUCCUCAUUUCACUCACUCAAGGGGACGCUUACUGCUGUCUGCCUUACUAUUCAAGUGAAUCACACUCAAACACGUUCCUUUUCACACUUUCAAGAUGGACGCCACAGAAAACGACGUGGAAGUCUCUGAUGACGACCUCAUGGCUCAGAUGGGCUUCUCAUCCUUCGGCGCUGCAUCACCACCUUCCAAGCGCCGUCGCUACAAUCCAAAUGUAGACGCUCUACUGCCGUCCAAGUCAUCGGCAACCGGCGCAAACUCCACGGCUUUGGGAACCGGCUCAAACAAGGAUGAGAUUUCGCUGGACGACGACAACGAAGGAAAUGCCAACCCAGAACAGAAAGUGCCAGCGCAAGCGCGCCCGGCUAGCCUACCCCAGAGACCUGCUCCGGCGCAAGCCACGCCUCAAGGCCAGCACUCAGGCGCACAUGGGGCCAGGGGUAAUAAGUUCACUGGUUACUACGACCGCCUGUCUAACGAGAACCCCUGGGAAAAGAUCGAGAAGGCCCGGGGCUUGACGACAAGAGGAACGUGGAUCACUCGAAAUGCUGGGAACGCUGCGACGACGGGUGAUGCUCCUGCUUGAAGCAUCGACAUCGACGGACAACUGCUAAUGCACAUGGAUUAUACGAACUGAACGUUGUUAAGAUGCAAACCUCAUUAGCAUGGACUACCUCGGGAAGCGCUUGACGCCGUACUACGAUGCCGUGGCUCACAUUC